UGUUAAUCGGCCCUGAUCAUCAGCUGUUUUUAAACAAUUGGCCGAGACAAUUAUUGGCUGAUACAUCAGUGCAUCCCUUGUUAUUGCUGUUAAGUAACCACAAUUUGAAUACACUUUUGGUGUAACGGGUGCUCCUAAAACCACAUUAGACUGCAAAGUGAUUUUCUACCGCCUGAUGCAUAUCGUGGUUGCAUCUUACAAAAUAAUGAAAAUUUUGUCUCUUUGAGCAUUUUAGAAAUUGCCAAAUUAGUCUUACAAGUUGUCUUAGAAGUAUCAAUACAGAUCUAUUGUUUAAACUAAAGUAACAUUUACUUAUUUAUCUUGUCUUGGUUGUAGAAUGACUUCCAAUACAACUCUUCUCCUUCACACCCACUCUGAGGUCUCAAACCACCAUAAGAACACUACAGUGGACAUCGAAGUCAUCAUGAAUGAGGUCAGCAUUGUCUUUCUCACCAUCAUCAUUCUCUUCGGCACCACUGGGAACUCUGUGGUCAUCUGGGUUGCCGGCUUCCGCAUGAAGCCCAAAGUCACUAAUGUGUGGUUGGUCAAUCUUGCAGUAGCUGAUCUGAUCUUCUGCCUGACACGAGUCCUAUCAGUAAUCUCAAGCCUUUUCUAUGACCACUGGCCUUUUGGGGUCUUUCUCUGCAAGUUCAAUGGCUUCUUCAAGUACGCCAACAUGUUCUGCAGUGUUUUUCUUCUGGCUGUCAUCAGUGUGGAUCGAGCACUCUGCGUCUGGUGCCCAGUUGUUACUAGGAAACGACGGACGUUAUGUGCCGCUCGUGUGGUCAGUGUGGGAGUUUGGAUUGUGUCGUUGAUCUUUAGUUCACCGUACUUUGUGUACCGGCAGGUCUUCCCUGACAAGAAUAACUUGAGCCACUGCACACUGAAGGUCAGAAUGGCUGCACAAAAUCAUGCAUAUACAUUAUUAUAUAAUGAUUAUAUUCAGUAAAUAUAUUAAUGUAUGUCAUCUUUUUUUUUUUUUUUUUUUUGCAGCACAAAGGAGCAGCAGAGGGUGACAAUUCAGCCAAGUAUGUCUAUUACUGCAUUCGCUUCAUCUGUGGAUUCCUGAUGCCCUUCCUGG